AUGGCUCCUUCCCCGAACAUCGCCCGCUCCUAUACCCCCUCCCGCUCGCCAAACUCGCCAUCGCCGGCACUGCACCCAGCAGCGCGCACCGCGACACACGCACCGUGCGGACACAGGCUGCGCGUUCCCGCUGCGCUCUGGCCACCCGUUCUAACAAUACUCAUCACAAAAGAGCGGCGGCCCUGUCCACCCCUCCUUAUUGUUCUCCACGCCAAACUUUCUGCCUUUCUGUCCCGCCAGCCGUUCAUCUCCGACCCAUCUGCAGUCGGCUAUCCCAAGAGGAUAGUCCACCCACGUCAGAUCCUUCAAUCCCACCUCACCGCCAGCGGGAUGAUCGCCGUCUACAAUCUCGACAAUGGGGGCGGUCCUGGCACCGGUGCCCUCGGUGGGCCUCCAAUGCAGCAUAACUACAAACGAGCAGUAUACCGUGCUGCCCCACAAGCAUUCUCCACAGAGGUCCUGCCGCCCACCAAAGUCGGCAGCAGCUUCGCGUACGGCCUGCGCAUCUACCCCAUCACAGGCCCCGAGCUCCCCGACGACCAGUCCGGGCAAUCCAGCGGCUCCAGCGGCUCUAUGCACACCGAAUACGACGUCUGGCGCCGCUGGGAAGACUGCCUCUGGUUCCAAGAGAUCAUCGAGGAAGAGUACGAGCAAAUGGCGCGCGCAAAGCGCUCACGGCUCGCCGCAGGCAAGGGCGUGAAGAAGAACGGCGUGUACGUCCACUCGGACCAGGCCGCGUCGUUCGAGUCCCUCCCGCCGGGCCCCGAGGCGGCCAGCAUCGCCAAGGGCAUCCACGAGAUCAUCCCCAAGCUCACCAAGAAGGGCACGUUCUUCCGCGCGAGCCAGAGUACCGUCGACCAGCGCGGACGCGAGUUCUGCGCGAUGAUUCAGGCGCUGUUCGCGGAUGACGUGCCGACGCUCGUCAGGGAGCUCCGCGAGACCCGGCUCGUGCGCGAUUUCUUUGGGUACUGGCGCCGCGACAAGGACCUUGAGCGUAAGCGCAACGUGCGCCCGGCCUCGAGCCCGGGCGCGGGCGCGAAGAUGGGCGUGCGCAGCUCGUCCGCGAGCACGAUGAGCAUGUACUUCUCCGCGUCGAACCUCUCACUCGCCAUGGCCGAGCCCCCACCAAGCCUGCCCCGCUCACGCCCACACACCAGCCCGAGCGCGCCCAUGCCCGCAUCCGCGCCUCCCGACCUCUCCGCCUCCUCAUCCAGCACCGGCAGCCUCUCGCCCACGACGCCAACGCAGGAGAUCCCCGCACCGAUGCACUUCUCCGUGUCGGACCGCGGCUCGCUCGCCCUCGCGCACCCGCCCUCCGAGGACGAGCUCCAAGCGCGGUACUCUAUCGGCCCGCGCAGCGUCUCGUCCAAGAUGUCGUCUCUGCGCUGGUCCCGCGCGACCUCGAAGCAGGACGGCGCGGCGCUCAUCGACGACCUUCCAUUCGUGUUCGUGCCGGAGUCUCAGGGCUACCGCGAUGAGAACCAUGGCGGGCUGCAGUCGCUGCCUGAGGAUCAAGAGUAUGUGCCAGAGGUGAGCGGCCUGACGGCCGCCGCGCGCGACGCGCCCCUCCCCGCCCGCAGGCCGCGCGGCAACUCGUGUCCCGAGCGUGACAACCGCAACGUUGCCGUCUACGUCCCUCCAUCGUCUCGCUCGCAGGUACAGACGCAGCCCACCGCCUCGCGCUCGCGCUCACGCCCAUCUUCACCCGCGCCGUCCACCGCCGCCGUCGUGGAAUCCGCACGGCCGGAAUCUGUGCUCUCGGACGUGUCGCUGCGCUCGUCCUCGGGCUGGCGCGACUCGGUGGCGUCCGACUUGAGCGUCGCGACGGAGAUCGCGUCCGGCAUGCCGUGCGGAGCCUAUUCUGAGAAUGGACAUGAGGGCACGGUGCGCGCGCGUUCGUCAGGGGUGUAUCGGCAUGCGGCGCGUGCGUCGGUUGCGACGAUGAAUUCGCUCAUGUCGGGGUACUCGGUCGAUGCGGUUUUGCCUAGGAGGGCGUCGCCGCCGCCGCCGCCGCCGAUUGCACGGCGGUCGCAGCUGCCUGUGGGGUCGCGUCGGCCGGUGACGGUGAAGCUGGUACCGCGUGAGGAGGUGUGGUGUGAGGCGCAUGAGGAGCUGUUGGAUGCUUAUUUUGAUGAGAUGAGCCUCCGCUCGGCAUCCCCUGUAGACUCGGCGUACCGCUUCCCGCGGGAAGAGACCUCAAGCAGACUUGGCGAGCGCACCAUCGCGCCGUCGUACGCACCCAAAGCCUCGCCGUCACCCCAGCCCUCACUCACCCCCACCGUCUCCACCAAAUCCAACCCACUAAACCCCGACUCGAUCACCGUCAAAGCGAUCCUCGACGACUCCAUCGUGCUCGUGCGCGUGUCCUGCUCCAUGUCCUUCCUCGAGGUGCGCGCGCGGAUCCAGGAAAAGUUUGCGAACCAGGAGGGGAUCCCGCUCCCGGAUAGGUUCGCCAUCGCGUAUGCGCCGCCUGUUGACCGCGCUAGGUAUGCGCGCGGCCGUGCGCGUUCGAAUUCGGCGUCGACGGUUGGGAGUGGGCAGGUGCAGCCGUUGCGGUAUAUCGCGUCGGAUGAGGAGUGGCAUACUGCUGUUGUGGGCUGCGCGUCCAAGCUCACUGUUCGCAUCUUCCAGUCCCGGAAUUAAUCUCUCCCAUCGUGUUGUUGUUAAUUAGGUUGUUGAUGUCCACCCUUACGAUUAUUCAUGACUUCCUCAUGCUGCACCUGCUCCUCUGCUGUGCUUAGUCUAUUCCGGGUGUACUGUACAUCUUCGCAUUUUGACAUAAUGUAGCUGUUG